AUGAUGGAAAAUAAGCCAGGAGCAGUAGGAAGGGCCUACACUUCACCACAGGUGAAUCCUUACGGCCGAGUAGACGAAGAGGUGGUGACGGUGGCGGAAAGGGAGCUCCGCCGCAAGAAACGGCUCAAAUGUUUCAUGUACGUCGCUGCCUUCGUCGUGUUCCAAACCGGAAUCAUUCUAAUCUUUGCACUCACUGUAAUGAAAGUGAGAACUCCCAAAUUUCGAGUCCGAUCUGCUUCUUUCGACACUGAAACUUUUAACAUAACAACGUCAAACACGAAUCCCUCCUUCCACAUUAAAAUGUUCGCUGAACUUGGCAUCAAAAAUCCUAAUUUCGGUCGCUACAAGUAUCAGGACAGCUCGAUUGAAUUCUACUACAUGAACAUAAAAGUUGGAGAGGCAUCCAUUCCAAGAGCAAGAGCAAAAGCUCGGUCGACGAGGAAAUUUAACGUUACAGUGGAAUUUUCUUCUGUAAAUGUUCCGAGAACUCUCGCAGCAGAAUUUGCAGGUAGUACAGUUAUUUCAUUGAGAAGCCAGUCUAGAUUGAGAGGAAAAGUGGAGCUUAUGAAGAUUAUGAAGAAGAACAAAUCCACUAACAUGAGUUGCACCAUGGAAAUCAAUACUUCUUCAAGGCAGCUGAGGAAUUUGUCUUGCAGAUGA